AUGUCAUCAGCGACAACAACCAAAGAACAGAAAGCAUUCACCCAGGGGACUCUCCCCGCUUCGUGGUACCAUUCGACCCAGCUCUACGAAGCGGAACGGCGUGCUAUAUUCUCCCAGAAAUGGCUGCAGAUCACCCAUGCAAACCGCUUCACAGAUCCGGGAGAUUUUGCGAGUUAUGAAAUGGCUGGAUAUCCUUUCUUCAUCAUUAAAGAUCGCAGCGGUGAAUUGAGAGCGUUCCACAAUGUCUGCCGACACAGGGCUUUUCCUGUUGUGAAAGAGAAGUCCGGGAAGGGUAGGAAGAUUCUUUCGUGUGGAUAUCACGGUUGGUCCUACGGCUUGAAUGGCAAACUUGCCAAAGCUCCCCGGUUCCAAAAUUUACCCGAUUUCAAUGCGGAAAACUAUUCUCUAUUCCCCAUCCAUCUCCAUAUCGACCGAUGCGGCUUUGUUUGGGUAAAUCUAGACGCUCAAAACGUCCCGUCCGUGUCAUGGGACGAGCAAUGCGGGGCAGUCGAUGCUCAAGAACGGCUUGGUGUUUUCGAAAUGGAGAAGUAUUCGUACCAUCACUCAUGGGAAUUCGAGGCAGAGUACAACUGGAAGACGAUGGUUGACAACUACAACGAGGGCUUCAUCGCGCACUUCGCGCGCCCCAAGCCCGAAUACGCCGCGGAUAACAACUCGAACGUGGCCCCGACCUACGUCUUCCCCAGCUCCGCCAUCACUAUCAACUCGGUCUACCUGUACCUCACGCGCUGCGUGCCGUUGAGCGCCACCAGCGUGCGCAUGGAGUACGAAGUCUACCGCCACGCCGGGUGCGCGGACGAGGAGUUCGCAGCGAUGGACACAUUCAUGAAGCAGAUCGAAGAGGAGGACCGCGUGCUGUGCUCACUGGUGCAGGCAAAUUUAAACGUGGGCGUGUAUCGGAGCGGGCCGCUGCAUCCACGUGAGGAGAUGGGGGUGGCAUAUGUGAAGGGCCUGGUCAAGCGAGCCGUGAUGGCGCAUGUGCAGCGGGAGAAGGAGGCUGGUGUUGAGAUAUGGCCGGUUGCGGUGGGGAGGGAGGAUGGGGCGCCGAACCCGGAGGCCGAGGAAGAAGAGGCGUUUUGUAAAUCGCUGUGUAAUGGGGGCUCUUUGGAAGAGUUGUCUUGGUAG